AUGCAUCUUCUGUCAGUGGUACGUAUACCGUAUUAUGUUACUGGACUCUAUGGAAUUUGCGUUACCGAUGAGUUUAAGGGAUCAAUUUCUCUUCAGCCCAUUAGCUUCAAAUUUGACAUUUGGUUUGAGCAGAUUCAAGCAAAAUUUUUGUGGAUUCACACGACCGUCACCACUACUUUCAACAUAUGCUGUGUUUCAAUCGACCGAUUUAUUGCCAUUCGGUUUCCUUUUCGUUAUCAGGACAUUGUGACCAAGAAAAGAUGUUACACGGUGAUCAUUUUGGUGUGGUUAUUUUCACUGGGUCUUCCUUUCUCGAUGUUGUCAGUACAUGGCGAGCAAAGCAUUAAUGUCUCAGUGCUGUGGAUUUCUGUGGCAUUUAUAACAUUUGCUUUUCCAAUACUUGUAGUCUUGUGUUCCUAUAUUUUUAUUUUCAAAUCGGCAAAAAAACAAUUUAAAAGAACAUUGGCAGGAGAAAAUUCUCCAAUAUUCAAAAACGAUUUCAGGGUUCGCUUUAUGAAAAAUUUUAAAGCUUUAAAAACAAUUGGUUUCUUUUUAGGUGCUUGUAUUAUCUCAUGGAUGCCCAGUUUUGUUGUUCUGUCUGUUGAUUGUUACUAUACCGUGAUAAAUGACUGGGAUAAAACUGAUAUAUUAUAUUAUAUUGUGUGGCCCUGGGUUGAGGCAAUCGCUUUUACCUCAUCAGCAAUCAAUCCAUUCAUAUAUUACUUUCGAAAUAAAGAUUUCCGUCGAGCAUUUCGCCGUACCUCGGAGUUUUGCAGGUUACCCUGUGGACGCAGUAAGGAAAACACAAGAACAACCGGGCUGAGGUCAACUGGAAACCCAAUGGCACGAAAAGAUUUGCGGAGACCUGGUAAUGUAGUGACGAGAGAGACAGAACUCUGAGGACAACUGCAAGGAAACAGGAAC